CCGCUACUAGAUGGCGCUGUACGCAUGUGAAUCGUGCUAUACUAUACUGACACCACUUGUAUAAGGUGUUCUUGGGAAAUUGACCAAGUCAUCGCUUCGUAGGUAGGGCCUAUUGUCUUGCACGCUAUACGCUUCCACCACGUGGGACGUCUUAGUGUCUUGAUAAUAGUAUACAUGUACUUCCACCCUUGUGGGAUACAGUAAUACCAUUUCUCCUACAAAUAUUGAAUAGUAAUCACAAUAUAAGUAUUUUCUACCUACGCCUAUCUUUAUUUGACGUCAGUCUUCUCACACUCCCCCUUCGCCCUCCCGCACAUUCUUACAGUUUUAUUAAAUUAUAAAUAUGAAAACAGUGAUCAGAGGCGACCAGCGUCCCAACAUGUGCGACUAAGAGAUCCUAUUACUAUUUUGUUGGAAGCUUUUUUUCGAGACUUACGAGUAAUGUGCGGUUUAGCGGCCGACUUCAUGGUGUUACUUUUCUGUUACAGUGUUGCGCGCGCAUCUUAAAAUUUCACUCUCAUCAUUUUUUCAUAACGCGCCCGCGGCUAACUUCAUUAUGUUACUUUUGUGUGAGAGUGAUGCGCGCGCAUCUUAAAAUUUCACUCUCAUAAUUUUUUCAUAACGCGGCUAAAGAAGUAUAACUUCAAUAAGAAAUACUAAAUCUAUGCUGAUAACCUGGUUUAAUAUAAAUGUAAUUGGCAACACCGAAAAUAACCGUAGAGAAAUCACUCGGCCAAGGGGAAAUGCAUUUUUAUUCUGUAGCAGAUGAUAAAAUAAAAUAAAUCUUUACAAAUGAUUCUUCACAGCACUAUUGAAAAGUUUUACUAUAAUAUUGCAACCAUUGCUGUUUUUACUUCAAGAUUAAUUUAAAUUUUAAUUGAGAAAAUGUGAUGCACAGUAAUCUCUAUCAACCAAUCAGAAUAAUGAUUUUCGAAUUGAGGCUCUUGUCUAUGCUUUUCGAAUGUUUUGUUUUGUUUGAAAUCAAAAUUGUUUUAAAAGUUUUCUUUCAUUUGUUAUUCUUCAAAUAAAAUGCCAGUUGCUAUGGAAAAUUGUUGAAUAUUUGAUAAAAUCUGAAGCUGAUUGCCUUUAAAUAUGGUUGAGCAGCAAGCCCCACUGGCAGUAUGCAUGGAAAAUGUGAAUGGUGAAGAAGUCACAUUCCGCGUAGAGCCCGAGGAUGACUUUCAAUCUUUUCUCAUGAAAGCCAAAUCUAUACUCGGUUUCGACGUCGACUUAAACUCAAUAACUAGAAACCAACCGGUUUCAUUGACCGACAAUAUCUAUCAAUUUCUAUUGACAUCCGAACAGUACACGCAAAAUAUGACAAUGCAGAAUUUCAGCGAUAUGCUGGAACCUAGUAAUGAUGCCAAUGAUUUAGUGUACAUAUUGGACGACGGGACACAAAUUAGAGCGUCACAGAUCCAUUUUGACAAUGAAGAUCCCCAAGUAGACUUGACAGCUGAAAAGAUACCUUUCGUCAAGUGCAUAGAUGGCGAAAUUGAAGAAUCCGAUGAAGAAAAUGUAGCUGAAAGAGAUACCAAAAAGUAUAACAUAGUAGACAGCCCCGUAUCUCGUUGGUCCAGUAACAACUCUAGUCCUAAAUGCAGUUUCGUGAACAGCCUACCAUUCAAAUUAGUGUGCAACAAUACUUCCGUUUUCGAAGCCCAAUUCACAAAAUAUUUAGAAUCCAGCACACCGAAAACUUACACAACUUUAAAUCCUGUAGUUAAUAGAAAUAAAUCACCCAGAAGUUUGAUACGUGAGAAUUACAAAAGCUACGAUGACAAGUUCAAUAGAGGCGACGAUUUCUCGGGUUACACUAGAGAAGAAAUACUGAAUAUGUUCAAAGAUUCGCCGGUAGCGUCUGCUCCAUACGAGAAUUUCACUGACAAACGGAAGCAUGCACGGAAAAGUGAUCCCACAAGGUCUACGAAUAAGAAUUGGAAUUGCAAACCUACUAACUACGAAGAAGGAAUACUAAUAGGGGAUAACGAGAACCGAAACUGUUUCAUUUGCGGAAAAUUCGUCGAAAACAAUAUUGAAAAACUUUACCUGUUCGAUACUGAGGACCAGAAGUUACACAGAUCUUCGCCUCAAAAGAAAUCUUCGAGGCAACUGAAGAUAAUUUGCGAAAGCUGUCUAGGUAAAAAUUUCAAACCUUGCAGAAUGAAAGGUCCCAACCAGUGCUUGAAUCCGGACGAAUACUUGGUGAUAAGAAAUAAUCAGCAGUAUAUAUUCCAGAAGACCAAUAUGAUAGACUUCAGAGGUAGAAUGAAGAAUCAGGAUGGUCCAGCGAAGAACGAAUCGAAAACGAAGAAAAGAAAAGAGGAGAAAGUGGAAUUCGUUAAGCUUGAAAUAGGUUCUGAUGGGGAGAUUGUAACGAAACCUGUGGAUAAUGAUCCCAGGUCUUCCGAAGACGUUGUGAUAGUUAAUGACGAAGGUAAAGACGAUUCCAGUGAUGUAGAAAUCGUCUUAACACCGGAAAUGGACGAGAAUAUUGUGGACAACUUGGACGACGCCGACGAAGAUGUGAAGGAGUUUUUGGGGAAAUAUCAAUGCGAGAAUUUGGCUAUUAAGGAGUUGAAGUGCAGGUUCUGUGAGCGGCUGUUUGACAAUGUGUCAGAAGUUAUGCGCCACGUGAACGAUCACAAACACGACUCGGAUGAAGGGGUGGUGUACCCUUGUCCGAUAUGCGAAUACGGAUAUGCGAAUUCCAUCUGGCUCAAGGGACAUUUAAAAGCAGCUCAUGACAGAAUUAAAAAGGAAGAUAUUAAAACUGUUAAAACAGAAAUUGUCGAAGAAAACAACAAUGACAAGAAAUUGGAACCAAAAAACGCAUCACCUGUAGCUAAGAGAACCAGAAGUAGUCUCAAGAAGAACGAAGAUUCCACAAAUGAUACAAAAGAUAAUGAAUUAAAAACAGAGGAAGAAGAAGAAGAGAAGAAACCGAAAUCUACAGAGGAAUCGGAUCCACCACACAUUGUGAUCAAGACUGAAGUCAAACAAGAGGCUUUGGAGAGCAGUGAAGACGAGAUCUGGAUAGUCCAGACCGGUGAUGAGCCCACUGACCAGCUGGAGAAUUUGAUUAACGCUGCAGCAAAGAAUUGUAAGAAAGAACCUUCAAUCAUUGCGAAGAAAUUGAUGCACAAGUGUUUCGUGUGCAGUCGAAUAUUCGCGAAUGAAGAGACAUUGCGCACACACAACUGCCGUCGCCGCGGCAGAAAGAGAAAGUCGCCGAGUAAAGAGGAUAGCGCUAUACAUGUGUCAACACCACAGGAUCUUGUGAAGAGAGCUGAAGUAAGAUCCAACUCAGAGAAACAGCCGGAAAACGAAAAUCUUCUUGUAGUUAGAAGCCGGCGUAAGAAGAGCCAAGAACCGACGUCUUCGGAUCCUCAAAUAGUCACGUGUGAUGAUUGCAACGAGUCAUUCACUUCAAAAGUCAGACUUAAGUUCCAUGUGCAGUUCCACUACCCCACAAACAUGCUGACUUCAGAAGGAAAAUACAAGUGUCCUCAGUGUGGCGACUGCACCUUCAGUGAUGAAGGCGCGUUGUUCGAUCACGUACAUUUCCGGCACCACAAGCGACGCCGAUGGCACUGUCCUGUUAGGAGUUGUGGAAAGACCUUCCAUCUCAGAGCCACGUUAACGAAACACAGUCGCACUCACACGGACACGCGACGAUACGUAUGUGUCACUUGUGGUAAGAGGUUCUUGGACAAGCAAACGUUGGACGAGCACGGGGUUACACAUUUGCAGAUAAAACCUUUCCAAUGCCACAUAUGUUCUAAACAAUUGACACGGCGCUCCCGCUUGAGGAUGCAUCUAAGAGCUCAUGAGGAAGAGCUGACUCCGAAACUGGUGUUAGUUUGUGCCGUAUGCAGCAGAGCUUUCAGAGACAAAGACGAUGCACAAAAUCAUACCACAAAAUCUACGGAAUGUAUCGAAGAAUUCACUAAGGAACUGAAGGAAGAAAUGGAAGAGGGGAUACCUCAGCUAUCGCCCACAAGUGGACUUGUGAGAGAACCAACGCAAGUCACCAAGUCUCCCCAAUUGAGCAAGCCCAUACACCGUCAAGUGAUGAGCCCUUUAGCCCGACCCUUAUUGGCAAGCUUGUCAGAUGAAGCUAUAAGUCUAAUACGAGUUGUGGAGAUCGAAAAGGCUUUUCGCUGCGAAUACUGCGAAGAUGUGUUUUAUCUAGAAGACGGACUAAACGCCCACCGAGCCAUACACAAGAACGUGAAGAAUCCAUUCACUUGCCACAUCUGUAAAGUGAGCUUUGCCACUUAUUCCAGAUGCACAACCCAUAAGACCACGCAUGGUUUCUACAAGCGCCCCCUUUCGGAUGCUAAGGAAAAAGCUUUGGCGCCCAGUUCUGGGCCUUCUGCCACUGGAAUAUUGGGAUAUGGAGGUUUCCCUGUGGUCAAGCACUUUUUAUGCGAGGACUGCGGCCGUUCAUACCUUCACUGGACAUAUCUGCAAGUUCAUCGCCGUAUGAAGCAUGCAAAUGACAACUUCCUGUACAAAUGUAACCCGUGUAACGUCACUUUUCCCAACAGCUGGAGUCUAGCGUACCACAGAAAGAAGUUACAUGGCCAGUCGGGUCUGGGCGAUACUGGUACCACUUCGAAAAUACCGCGCGAAGAUUACAGGAUUCCAUGUCGUGAUUGCGAAGAGGUGCUGCCAAACAAAACUGCGCUCUAUAAGCAUAGGAAGAAGGAACACAGCGACAUGUCAUUACAAAUGAACGUUGGACCAGGGACCUCUUGGUGCGAUUCUUGCAACAGGCAGCGUACAUCGAAAUGCGGUGAUCAUCAUCAGAAAAACCUAGGGUCUUCAGCCAUACGCAACAGGUUGGUACAGGGGGUCCGUGCUUGGGCCUGCUCGCGGUGCCCCAAACGGUUCCGUACUCGGUCCGAACUGAGGGCCCACGCUAGACUUAAGCACCCGGCCCAUUUGGCUAUCAUAGAAAUCCGAGGUCUCAACCCGACCCCAGAUGAAGUACUGGAGCAUUUGCGACUCAACAAUAUCGCCCACGAUAAAGUCAUCGAUAUAACCAAGAUAUCUUUUUUGAAGGGAGCUUCGAGUAUUAUUCCCAAUUCGGCCCGAGCUUUGGCCAUGUUGGGACAUGUGCAGAGAACGCCUGUAGCUUACAGCAAACCAAUAGGCAAUGAUAAUGAUUAUCUUGGACGAGGUAUAGCAAAGACCAUUCGUCGAACUAAUGUACAAAGUCAAGUGGAGCAAACUUCAGAUCAGAACCAAUUCCCUAUAUCAAUCGACGUGACUGAAGAACUGCCACAUGCAAAUGUCCAAAAGCUUAUCCAGGAUGGCGUACUAUCUACCAGUUUCCAUAUGUUAAAUAAAUCACCUCAAUAAGGAAUUCCGAGUAAUAUCUACAAUUCUACAUAAUAAAUUGUGUUAAACCCUCGGUUUCUGCACAAUUUAGUACUUUGGUACAAAUUAUUUCGAAAAUUAAUUUAAAAGUAUACCUAAAAAACUCACUUAUCAAAGUCCUAACAAAUUCAAUAGAAAUAGUGUUGCCAUUAAUUUAAAUGUUUAAACGACAUUUUUAUAUGGUACAGAAUAUUAUCAUUGAUAAUGAAUUCCAUUUAUAUUUUAAUGAAUUAGGCGUAUUUUUCAACGAAUAAAUGUAUGAUGAUAUUUGAGGUACAAGAUUGGACAGAAAUAUCUUAAUCAAAGGAAUGGAUCCUUUUGACUAAUGGUAUUUUAAUGUAAAUCACAUUUGACUAUGUAUCAAACGGCGACCCUAGUUAAAUUUUAGUUUAAUUAAACUCAGUAAAAUAUAAAAUUUUUACGUCUCUGAGUAGGUCUUUAAAGUGUUUUAUUAUUUGUACUUGUUAGUGUUAGUUAUUAAAGAAAUUGUUUCAAUGGCGUUAAUAUGAUUAUUUUAAAAUAAAC